CUUCCGACCCACAAGGAUUGUCAACCGGACCCUCCCCACCCUAGUUAAAAUGUCUUUGUUUCCCAAGAUGCAAUUUGAAAUACACCUCUGUUUAUAUUCUGCCAUUCGCUAGUUGACUCAAGGAGGAAAAAAAUACAAGAUGCAACAACAACAACAUCCUGCAGGCCGGCAAGUUGGUGGAAGGAUCUACUAUGGUUCCUACCAUGGAAGAGAAGUUCAGUGUAAAAAGUGUCUCAUGGUAGCAUUCACCAUACUGUUUAUAUUGAUUGGUGUUAUAGUCACAAUAGUUGGUCAUACUCUUGAGCCAUUUUGGCCUGAAUCACACUCAAGUUUUUGUUCCUUUUGUGAAGAGGACAAUAAUACUACAAGAAGAAACGCAGCAAAUUGUAGAAUUGUUGGUCCUAUUUUUAUUACUAUUGGCUUCCUGUUAUUGGUCUUCACAGUCGUUUACUUCAAAAAGAAAAAUUCUGAAGCUCUGGCUGCUAAUGGGAAUAGCAAUUAUUAUGGUGAGCCAGCACCAACAACAUUGGCUUAUAACCAAGCUGGCCAGUCUGUUAAUGUGCCAUAUCCAGGAACUGGACACAUUCAACCAAGUUGUCCUCAGCCACCAUACCCCCCAACACAGCCUCAAUACCCAGCAUCCCAGCCUUACCCAUCUGGAACCCCAAACUACUCAACUGCACCUCAGCCCUACCCAACUGCACCCCAAUCUGGUACACCAUACCCUCCAUAUCCAGAAACAACACAAGACAAUUUGCCUCCACCACCUGCAUAUGAUACUGUUGUUGGCAGUGAAGGAAUUGGUGAAAAAAAACAAUGAAAAAGACUUGCUAAUAAUCUUCAGCUGAUGUUUGUCUCAUGGGAUGAACUAUUAAAGAAUAGUUAAUGAUGGUUAACAAUAUUUUAUAAUUAAAUUAAUAUUUAACAAUUAUUCCCUGAAGGAGAAGUAAAUAUCGGGGAAUAUUUACCGAGACACGAGGUGAUUAUCGUGUGAUAGUGUGAGUUUCUCGAUCAAUCAGCGCGAGAGAUUUUCAAUAAUCACCUGUGCAUUUUUACUAAGAAUAUUUAACAAAAAAUACCCAAGGUACAGCUUUAAAGACUGAGACAUUUAACACAUAUUGACUGAGACUGAGGGAAACAGUGUUUUUUGUGGUCCUGAGACAGCCAUGUCGAGGGACCACAAAACACACUGCUUUCAUAAGGUUCCAGUCAAUAAGUGUUUUGUUAUAAACAAACUGUCAAAGAAUGCGAAGCAAUUAUUUUAUAGUUUCAGAUUAUUUGAUUUUUAAAUCUUUUAAAAUUUCCGGAAAAUCAUAAUGAUUUAUGAUAAGUAAUUAUAUGUAAUUAUAUUUUAUCUUGGGUGUUGUUAUUACCGGUCUGGUUAUAGCAUUGUUAUAUGGCUUAUUUUAGAUUUAAUGAACAGAAAAUGUACUUUACCUAGCAUUUUCCCCCACCCUCCCUCCCUUCCAUGUAGUUUGUGGCAAAUCAAGUAUCUGACAGACUGCGGACUUGCAUUUUCCCCAUAACUGUAUUUGCUCUAUUGGGAGUUUUGUUGCACAUUGAAUAUAUUACAACAGGGUGGCACAAUAGGGGUUGGCAUCAAGUCUCAUGCAUCAAUAUUUCUAACAUUCAAGUGUCGAACACUUAAAUUUUGAGGCACAAAUGACAAAUUUUACUGAAUUUUGACUUUUCACAAAAUUCAAAUUAAUCACUCAUGAUUCAAGUAAUUUUCAAAAGAAGAAUUGCACAUCACAAUAAAACUUGAAUUACUGAAUCAUACUCUACAUUUUACUAUUUUCACUCCCGGGGAGGUGUGGGGGAGUACUCCCCUAUAUUUGCUAUACCGGUACAUGCCACUAAACAGGGUAUGGUGUUCAGUGAUUCUACUCUGAAUCACCCCUAAAAAACUCCAUUAAUUUACUCGGUAUUAGAACGCAUCUAAAAGCA